UUGUGUUUCAUUGAAUUCGUGUGCACACAUUUUCCUCAAAGAAUUUUUCCCGUGAAACUUUGAGAAGCACAAUGUUUUAAAAAUCCCUACAGCACUGAUUUGAGCUUGAUUGAACAUCAUCAAGGCAUGGUAAGGCAUGAAUAUUCAAACUUUUGUUAACGGCUAUAACACGAAGAAAAAUAAUUCAAGCGCUCAGGCGUGGAAAAAGAAGCGGAAAAAAUGAUACCGAGUUAGAUUUGUACAGCAAACGCCGCUGUAAACGAAUCGACACAAAUUGAAUGUAGUUUAGACCAGUCGUUAAGGCUAGCAGUAAAGUUACCAGGAGACUAUAGCACCUGUUUCAACCAAAGGAUAGGAUAUUAUAGUCUUAUUUCAUUGAACGAGAAGCGAUCUUCACGCAACAAAUGAACAUCUAACUACGAAAAAUCCUAUCGAUUUUGUUCGUCAAAGCGGAAUCCAUUCAUCACGAGAUGAGUUGCAUCGAAUACCUUAGACUUCUAGUACGACGUCGAAUCGAGGAUAUCAUAGAGUCAGAGACAGUUUUCCAUCGUUGUUUACAAUCACUAGAUGUUACCGUACUUGGUCUUGGGUCUAUGCUUGGAGCUGGUUUGUACAUCGCCACAGGAGCAAUCGCUAGAAAUACAGCUGGUCCAGCAAUAGUCCUGUCCCUCCUUAUCGCUGCUGUACCUGUAACCAUAUCUUCACUAUGUUAUGGGGAGUUUGGAUCACGUAUCGGUAGGACUGGUUCUUCUUAUUCCUACACUUAUUAUUCCUUAGGUGAAGUGUGGGCUUUCUUGGUUGGAUGGAAUCUUAUUCUAGAAAACACUAUAGCUGUAGCACUUCUUGGACACGAAGUCAGUCGAUUCCUAGACGUGAUUUGUAAUGGGUAUAUCUAUCGAUUCUUCAAAGAAAACAUCUCCAAUUGGCACGUAAGAGGGUUUCUGCCUUUCCCGGACUUUUUAGCAUUUAUUAUAAUCAUUGUAUUUACAAUCAUUUCUGCUUUGGGGGCAAAACAGACGGGUUCAUAUAUUCGUAUAGCCACGUUAAUCAAUAUCCUCGUCAUCCUGUUUGUUGCUCUUGCGGGGGUUUACUACAUGGACACAAAGAAUUGGUCUACGAUGCACAAAUUCAUGCCUUUUGGCAUCCAUGGGGUCAUGACUGGAGCCGCUAGCUCGUAUUUCGCUUAUCUUGGAUUCGAUACCCUUAACACAGCAAGCGAAGAAGCUAUCGAUCCUAAGACUACAAUCCCUUUGGGCAACAACAUUAGUACCUACGCUGGGGUCCUUGUCUAUCUCGUCAUUGCAUCAGUACUGACAUUGAUGAUUCCGUACAAUCUGUUGUCUCCUGACACAGCCCUCCCAGAAGCAUUUGCUUACGAGAAUUUCCCUCUAGGCAAAUAUUUUGUGGCCGUGGGGGGAGUGUUUGCCAUGACGACCUGUCUCUUGACGUACCUUUUCUCGGGGGCUCGAAUAGCAUAUGCAAUGGCAAAUGAUGGUCUUAUUUUUGAGUUUUUCGGAAAAGUUCACACAAAGACUCGAGUACCCGUGCGAGCAGUAUGUGUGUGCGGUUUUACAGCAGCCACUGUUGCCUUAUUCGUCGAUGUCAAUAACUUGGUUGAAAUGCUUUCCAUUGGUACACUUUUAGCGUAUACUAUGGUGGCAAUUGCAGUCAUACUAGACCGGUAUAUGCCUCAUACGCUUGAGGAAUCAUUGAAUGAAUUCUCGAUUACUGUUCCUGUACUCAGGAAAGAUCCACCUAUAGACAACAAUGACAAUGCAGGACAAGAUAGCAAUAGAGGAGAUGGGACAAAUCUAUUUGACUGUUGUCCAAACUUGUUCAAACGCAAAGACAACCGCACCACGAACUACAACGAACUGCCAAAAACAGAAGAUGGCAUUAGAAAGAUGAAAGAACCAAAAACACCCACAGACCAGACGUAUGGGGUGUCCUGCUUGGCCUGUGCCUGCCUGGUCGUUUCUGUCUUUGGGUUUUGCCUGGCAAUUCCCAGUAAUAAUAGCUUCAUAUUAAUUCUAGUAUCCAGUGUGAUGGGUAUGACAAGCAGCGCCUCGUUUGUAGUUCUCAUGGUGCAGCCAAGACGUGCUCCUCACACAAAGUUCUCUGUGCCGUACGUGCCUGUUGUACCCUUGAUAAGUGUUGUCAUUAAUGAAUACCUGUUGACCAACCUGUCAAAGAUCACGUGGGCUAGCUUUGCUGCAUGGUCCUUUAUUGGAUUCGCAGUUUACUUUAUCUACGGUAUUUCCCACAGUAAAGAGAACAACAAAGAGAUGGACCAAAAGGCCUUCCUCUUAAAAUACACUCAACCAAUGCUGUCAGUACGAAAUAGAAAAACGUUUUCUAAAAGUAGCGAUGACAUGAGUCCAAACAGCAGUACGUCUAGUGAUGAUGAAUUAAUAUCGACCAUGAUGUUUACCAGUGAAGAUGAUAAAAAUAGUCCAUGGACCAGUCCUGAUGUGAAGGACAAAAACCACUCGAGUAUAACAUCAACAAGUUGACAUGACGAGGACUUAAGGUCUCUUUCACACUUGCAACAAUAGUAUAAGUAUCAGCAACAUACACAGACUCAGUCCAGCUCUUCUCUAACAGGUACAAGGAAAGACAACUGCUGUUAAUGAGCAAUGCACAACUGAGCUUGUGUACGCUGCUGAUGUUAAUGUUUGUGUUGCAAAUGAUACUUAAUAAUAACCGCUUAUAAUUUAUCAAGGGUCGAGGGUCUAGAACAGG